UUCCUAGGGGAGGCUUUAUCGAGGGAAGGAUGUGGCCGCGCUGCAAGGCGAUCUAAAUCUGAUGUCAGAAGCGGCUGCGCUCAGAAACUAGUCAUUGUUGAUAAGAAUCCAAAAACAUACUAGUACAUUUCAGGGGCCCCUUGCCCUCCCCCCCAAUAGUUCCCAUAAUGAGUUUUUCCCUUGUUGCUUAUGAUGAUUCGGAUUCUGAAGCAGAGACUGGGAGAUCUGGAGAUGUUAUUAGCAGUGAAAUCAAUCUAACAGAUUCCGUUGUGGAUGUUGUUCAGCCCACUGAUGACUUAAAUAUUAUUUCUGAGACAAAAGCCGAAUCUGUGGAAUACAUGGGAAGCUCCAAAAAGAACAUGUCUUAUGAGGAUACCUUUCAACAGCAUCUACAACCUAAUGAAAAGACUACAAUAACAGCAGUACGACAGCAGCACAACAAAAAUUGUACUCUGACUAAAACAAGGACUAAGUAUACCCAGCCAUUAUAUACCCAGCCGUUGGAACCUAAAAUACCUUCUGGAAACGCAUAUGCUCAGAAGAGGAUGCGUAAUGAUGAAGAUGUAACAAUUCAAAAACUGAGACCAUAUGUUUCAAAAAAAGUGCAACAGGAAAAAAAGGAAUACCAAGAAGAGAGUGCAUCGUCUCCAGUUAAAUUUAGUACAGCUGAAGAUAAAAUGACAGUUAAAGUUUCCCAAUAUAUUAUGCCAUAUGUAGGAUCAAAAUAUGCAGUUACUGAAAUUCCAAAGAACUUAGUAUUUCACAUGGCUGAGCACAGUGGACCAGUUAAUGCAGUUCGCUGGUGUCCUCUACAGAGAUGGAGCCAUAUGUUGCUUUCUGCCUCUAUGGAUAAAACUGUCAAGGUUUGGGAUGCUGUGGAUGAAGGACGCUGUUUGAAAUCAUACUUUAUCCAUACUGGUGCUGUCCGAGCUAUUCAGUGGUCUCCCUGUGGAAAAACUGCACUGAGUGGAGGCUUUGAUUUUAUGCUUCAUUUAACAGAUAUUGAAACAGGAACACAGCUUUUUAGCAGCAAGAAUGAGUUUCGAAUCAGCACCCUGUCAUUUCAUCCUCUUGAUCCAAAUGUUUUUCUUUGUGGGGGAUUCAGUCCAGAAGUUAAAGCCUGGGAUAUAAGGUCUUCUAAGGUUAUAAAAGUCUACAAAGCCACAGUUCAACAAACCUUGGACAUCAUGUUUCUCCGUGAAGGAAAAGAAUUUUUUACCAGCACUGAUGCAGUGAGCCAAGAUUCAGCUGAUCGUACCAUCAUUGCCUGGGACUUCCAAACUGCUGCAAAGAUUUCCAAUCAAAUUUUUCAUGAACGUUUCACCUGCCCCAGUCUUUCAGUUCAUCCUAAAGAGCCUGCCUUUGUUGCUCAGACAAACGGUAACUACAUGGCUUUAUUUUCCAGCCUGCCACCUUAUCGAAUCAACAAAAAGAAGAGGUUUGAAGGGCACAAGGUUGAAGGAUUUGCUGUAGGCUGUGAAUUUUCACCUGACGGAACACUUCUUGUGACAGGAAGUUCAGAUGGCAAAGUAUUUUUUUACAACUAUCGCACAGCUCAAAUUAUCCGCACCAUGUCAGCACAUAGUCAAGCCUGUGUGAAUGCAGUCUACCAUCCAGUCCUUCCAUCACUCCUUGCUACCUGUGCCUGGGAUGGGAUAAUCAAGAUCUGGCAAUAAUAGGAAAGUUAGAUAGCCAACUGGCUUUCCAACUUUGUAAAUAUACUUUUUUUCCCUUGUAGUUUAAUUUCUUAGAACUUUUGUGUUCUGUACAAUGGUACAGAAACCAGUGCUUCUCAACCCUAGUGACUUUAUGAUUUGUGGACCUCAAAUCCCCAAGUCCCCCAGGCACAAUGCUUGCUGGGAAAUUCUGUGAGUUGGUUAACAUAUUUAGAGCACCUAAGAUUUGAGAAAUACAUACUAAAUCAAUCUUACUAAGACUAUGUGGGGCAGGAAAUAUAAAAUUCUCCAGUCAUGCUACACAAAUAAUUAAUUUGCCUGGCGCUGUUUUUGAGUCAUACUUUGCCCUUAACUUAACUUCUCCAAAGAGUUUUUUGAUGCCGUUAUAGCUACAGUAUUCUUUUAAAUAGCUGCUACUAGCUUUCUCCAAGUUUUUGUUGCUGGGAAUUAGGACAAUAUGAGCUAGAUUGAAAAAGGAAUUAAAGAUUAACUGAAGCCCUAAAUCUAUAUGUUCUGCCUGUUUUAAUUGGAUGUGGAAUGCACAAAUUUAAUUGAUAGAAGUAAUUAAAAGGAAUUCAAUAUCAUUCCAACUUCUUCUGGGAGCCUAGAUUUUUUAAAUCACUUUAGCAUUACUAAAUCAGCACUCUUAGAUUAAAACUUAACUAUUCUUUAGCUUCCGUCACUGCUUUACCCUUGUACUAUUACUUGAUCCGGCAGGCUUUUCAUCCGGUUUUAGUGGAGUUACACUAUGCUAGAACUGGUGUAAUCAUGAAGGCUAUUCUGAGUGAUGUGGUUAGUGGGGGUCCUUGGUGCUCUCUCAGCUUGCUUGUUUUCUUACAGAUGUGCUGGCACGAUGGUGUUACUUAGUUAGGGUAAUGAAACAUCUGCAAGAAAACAAGCAAGCUGAGAAAGCCCCAAAGACCCCUCGUUUCAAUCCUGAGCUACAAAUAUUCUCCUUCAUUGGUAAUGUGGUUAGGGUAUGAUCCUGAUAUCUUUAUGGUCACCUGAAGCCAGGGAUGGGAUUCUACUGAUUUAACAACCAGUUCGCUGAGCACACACUUGUGUACACUGCAGAUGUGUGCACAGUUUAAAGAAGACUUACCUUCUGGAUUACUGUUUGGGAAAGAAAAUAGCUGAGGUGCAGCAAUCCAUUCUGCUGCGUAACUCAGGUGAGAAGAUAAAGGUAGGUAAAGCGCAGGGGAGGGCGGGAGGGCGUGCCCACUUGCUAGUGGGAGUGAACUGGUUUGCUCCCAGUUGAUCUUCGGAGCUACCACUUCACCCAAACUGGUCCGAACUGGUAGAAUCCCACCCCUGCAUGAAGUUCAAAGAGAUUUGGAUGCUUAUAUAUAUAAUUUUAAAUAGUUUUGUUAUAAAAAUUUACAGCAAACCUGGAAGCAAUAGCAUUUCUAGCAGCAUAGCUAUUUUUGUAAAGCUCAAGGAUAUAGUAAGCUUCUUUUCCCAAAAUCACACUUUUCUUCCUGAUUGGGAGCUGAUAUAUUUAAUUAUAAUAACGGAACUGUUUUUGUUGGUGCCUUGCAUUAAUGUAAAAUUUACUCUGAAGGAACACAUUAGGUUUCUACAGAAUGUAGGGAGAGGAGAGUAAAAAGUUUAAAGUGCUCCAUGGAAACAUAUGGAGGUAGCCCACCAGAGCCACGCCUAAUAAAUUAUCUUUCACAUACGGUAGCCAGGAAUGGAAUCACUUAGAAAUGUAUCUGUCUUUUCUUUGCAAAAUACAGAGUGUACUUUUAUAUUUUGCUAAAAUGUGCAAAAUAAUAUACAUGUUACAUAUAUAAUAUGAUACAUAAAAAUUAAAAUUUCAAAGUACUCUAAAUCUAACUUAAAAGUUUCCUGUUGUAAAUAUAUUUUUUCUAAAAUAUUAACUAUAAAGUACUCAUUAUCAAACCUAUUUAUAUAUUUUUAUUGAUUGAAUGUAUCUAUUGAUCAGCUUUCCUGUGCUCAGCAAGACUAACAUUCACUAAGAUUAAUAGUCUUUUAUUUUUUAUGUUGUUUUAACUUAACAUGCACUUAAUACGUUUCAUAAAACGUAAAUUUUAACAGAUUUUUAUAAUUCUUAGUUGAUGAUUGCCUUGUUUAGUGAUCAUUUGAAGUUACAACGACACUAAAAAGUUACUUUAUGACUGGUUCUCAAACUAUGACCAUCACAAUAUCUCAAUGGUCAUUUGGUCCCCAUUUGUGCACUUUACAGUUGGCUUCCGACAAGCAAAGUUAAUGAAGAAGCAGAUGUGAAAUUGCAAGUUGCAGUAAUGCAAUGACUCACUUAAUGACCAUGUCAUUUAGUGAUGAAGUUGCCAGUCCCAAUUGUGGUUGUUAAAUGAGGCCUAUCCAUGUUUGGUCCAGACAUUUUCCUCUCUAUAAAUAAAUACCCGGGCAAUGGCGGAUUCUCAUCUAGUAAUUUAAUAUAAAAGCACACUAAUAAAAUGGUAUUAAAAAAAUCUUAUUCCAAAAGCAGCAACUGGGCUAACAUGAAAUCUGCGGAGUUAUUUGGAGAGUGACAGUACUUUCUCUAUGCCUUUCAGUCUCAGUGUAGCUAUCCAAAACCAAGAAACCAAAAUUGAGAGUAGAUAAAGAAACCAAGAAGGUAGGAAAGAGCUGUGGUGUCAUAAGUAUAUCACAUCUGGGCUACAAAAAUCAACAAACUAUAAAGGUUACACAAGCAAUCACAACCCCGAAAUACAAGUCUAUUUGUAUGGAAGGGAGAAUACCAUCUACAUUAAUAAAUCAAUAAUCUUUCAACUUAAAUUGUAAGAUUAUUCUGUCCAAUAGCUAAUCAUUUCUGUUUUCCUAAUAAAGCUACAUUCAAUCUUCUCCUAGGCUUCAAGAGGUUCUUCAAUUUUUUGGAUCAGGUUUUUUUUUAAUAUAAACUAUAAUUUAUAUAAGCUGAGGAAGGAAUGAAGAGAAAGAAAUUGUGAACUUUUAAAAUGACUUUUAAAAUGAAAGUAGUGUACUUGUUCUUUUAAGAGUGAUUUAUUUUAGCCAUUAUGUCCAGAAAAGUACUUUAAUAGUGUACAAUACUUCACCAAUAAUGAUGGUUGGUCCUUGACUCACAUUUCCUACAUAGAGGUUACUGGUUUAAUUCUCUUGAUAGAACACUUCAUCACUCUGAAAAUAAAAUUCAAGUAAUGCCACUUUGGAAUUAUUCUAGAUCAAAGGUGCAUAAGCAUACCGAGGGGCCUAAUGUACCUGUCCAACUGCCCCCAUUUAUUUGUACCCAUUUCCUGUGUUCUUAUUCAUGUUUAUUCUUAUUCCUGUUAUGUUGUACAUGAGUGACAAACUAAAUAAGCAAAUAAAUUUCAUUACCUCAACUUUUUGCAAGUAAGUUUUGGAAAAUUCACAGUGUACUUAACAAUGUUGAACUUCAGAGGUUGUCAAAUUUUCAGACUAUGGAAACCUAGUUAAAAGAAAAAUUCCUGGAAUCCUAGACCAAGAGGAAAUGUACUAAUGAUAGAAUUAUUUAUUUAGUGUAUGGCAAAAAUGUUAAAAAUCACAUCACAAUUACAUUCUCAAUGAGCAAAUCUGAAGCUGUUUACUCUCUUUACAAAUUCAAAGGUAUUAUAUAGUCAAUACAUGAUGGAAUUACAUACAGAAAGUCCCUGAAGUUUCCCUGAUACUUGGUGCUCAACAGCUUACUUGUUUUCCUGCAGAUGUUUCAUUACCCAAAUUAAAUUUAUAUUUACUGACAAAGAAAUAA